AUGUCUGCUAAUUCAUCUUCCACUAUUAAACCGCCAGAUGAGGGAUUAAUACCUGAGCAUCAAGUACUUGCCAAUGAUGGAACACAAUCAAAUACAGGUUCAAAUAGUUCAAAUGGUUCAAAUACCCCACAAAGAAGAUCAUUCAGUCAAAGAAGAUCAAAUAGUUCUUCAAGUUCAAUAACACCUUCAGGUUCGCCUUUAUUUUAUUCAAAUAGUGCUUAUAAUAGUUCUGUGGAGUUUCCUACAGAGAAAAUUUCAUUAUUAGAGUUAUUAGAUCCUUUAUCAACAACAACAAAUUCAAUUUCUAAAAGAUAUAAUAAAGUUAAACAAAAAUCAUUUAAUAAAUUACAAGAUUUGAAAAAUAAUACUUCAAAAAAAAGUGAAAAAUAUAUUAAAGAAUUAAGAGAUUUAGAUCGUUUCAAAAAAAAUUUAUUAGAUAAAGUUGGUAACUUAGAUCAAAGAUUAUAUAAUGUUUUCUAUGCUUCUGCAACUGAAAAGAUUUUUUAUUCCCUGGCAAUUUAUGCCAUUUUUGCAGCUGGUUUUAUAGUUGGUUUUGCACCAGAAUAUUUCCAUAUUUACUAUACAGUAUUAUCUGCAAUUUUAUUACCAAUUAGAUUUUAUGUUUAUUAUAAGAAGGCAUAUCAUUAUUUCCUUGCAGAUUUAUGUUAUUAUGUUAAUAUCUUAUUAUUAUUAUAUAUUUGGGUUUUCCCUUGGUCAAAACAUUUAUAUAUUUCAUGUUUUGCAUUUACAUUUGGUACAUUAUCAUGGGCAAUUAUUACAUGGAGAAAUUCAUUAGUUUUACAUUCAAUUGAUAAAACAACAAGUUCAUUCAUUCAUAUUACUCCACCAGUUGUUAUGCUUGUUAUAACUCAUCAUUUACCACAAGAUUAUAAAUUGAUUAGAUUCCCAGGUGCAGCGGAAUUAACACAAUGGAAUUUCAUAUCAGGUAUCUUAUGGACAUCAUUAUAUUAUUUAAUUUGGCAAUCAUUGUAUCAUUAUUUCAUCACAGUUAAAAGAGCUCAAAAGAUUAAAGCUGGUAGAAUUACAUCAUUUGAAUGGUUAAGAAAAUCAUUUGGUAAAAAUAUUUUAGGGAAAUUUGUAAAUUCAUUACCUGAUCCAUUUCCAGUUGUUGCAUUUACAUUAAUUCAAUACUUUUAUCAAUUAUUAACAAUGUCAAUUUGUCCAAUUUGGUUUGCAUAUAGACAUUUAGCUUCAAGUUUUAUAACUUUUAUCUUUCUUUGGGCAAGUUAUAAUGGUGCAACUUAUUAUGUUGAUUAUUAUGGUAAAAGAUUAGAAAAAGAAGUUGCAAGAUUACAAAAAGAAAUUGAAGAAUUACAAACUAGUGAAAACGAAACAUUUGAAGAAAUUGAAGAUGAUAAAACUACACCAAGUACUUCAAAUGCAUCAAAUUCUCCAAAAAAUCAAGAUGUGCCACUUAAUAGUACAGCUGCAUCAACUUCAGUUUUUAAACAUCCUGCAAUUUCUCAACCAAAGAAGAUAUAG